AGCCUGCUCUGAACCACCAUGCUUGCUCUGGAGGCUGCACAGCUGGAUGGCCCACACUUAAGCUGUUUGUACCCAGAAGGUGUCUUCUAUGACCUGGACAGCUGCAAGCCCUUCAGUUACCCAGAUUCAGAUGGGGGCCUUGACUGUACAUGGGGCUGGACAGAGGCCGCGCCUGCCCCUGCCAUCGCUCCCUAUGAAGCCUUCGACCCAGCUACAGCUGCCUUUGCCCACUCCCAGGCUGUGCAGCUCUGUUAUGGUCAGGGUCCCAGCUCCUCCACCUACAGCCCUGUGGGGACCCUAGACCCAGCCCCCAGCUUGGAGGCCCCAGGGCCUGGCCUCCAGGUAUACCCCUCAGAGGACUUCACCAGCCAGACCCUGGGCUCCUUGGCUUAUGCUCCGUACCCCAGCCCUGUGCUGUCAGAGGAAGAAGACAUUCUCCUGGACAGCCCUACCCUGGAGGUCUCGGACAGUGAGUCAGACGAGGCCCUCUUGGCUGGCUCCGAGGGGAGGGGAUCUGAGGCAGGUGCACGCAAGAAGCUGCGACUGUACCAGUUCUUGCUGGGGUUGCUCCUGCGCGGGGACAUGCGAGAGUGCGUAUGGUGGGUGGAGCCAGGUGCCGGCGUCUUCCAGUUCUCCUCCAAGCACAAGGAGUUGUUGGCUCGCCGCUGGGGCCAGCAGAAGGGCAACCGCAAGCGCAUGACGUAUCAGAAGCUGGCCCGAGCGCUGCGCAACUAUGCCAAGACCGGCGAAAUCCGCAAGGUCAAACGCAAGCUCACCUACCAGUUUGACAGCGCGCUGCUGCCAGGCGCCCGGCGUCCCUGAGCUCCCCGCUGGAACCCCUUUCUGAGCCCUAAGUCCCAAGGCCCAUGGAGCCCCAUAUGGAAGGGCAGCCACGGUCCUCAGCUCUCCCCAGGGCCUCCCCAGAGUCUCUUGUGCCAUGUAUGGGAUUCCAAUCCAGGAUGGUCGUGUUUGAGGGAGCAUUGGCCAUUCUACACGGUUCCAGAAUGACAGGUUUCUCUGUGGGGGCCCCUGGUGUUGUCUACGGUUCCAGAAUCCGCAGAUACUUCUUAUGAGCCCGUCUCACACGCCAUCCCACCAGCAGGUGGCGCUGUCUUCAGUGCCCAAAGCCUGGUGUCUGUUGGCCGGAUUGGGUUCCUCUGUGCUCCCCUGAGGCCCUUGUCAGAUCUAAGAUCUAGUUAUGUUUGGAGCUCCCUGAGAACCCUUUGCCACCCGUGUGUGACUUUUCUCUGUGUCCAUUUAUGACUUGUUUGUUUGAGACAGGGUCUCACUAUGUAGUUCAGGCUGGCCCCCAACUUGUGACAAUCCUCCUGCCUCAGUCUCCAGA